AUGGUUGGAAGAGGUAUAUUUCUGAUCCGAUUUAAUAGUGUAGAAUCGAUUCUGAAGGCUUGUGAUGAUGGAGUGCAGUUUUUUGAUCAGAAACCACUUGUUACUAGACUAUGGGACCCUGAUAUGCCAAUGGAGAAAACAAAUGUUGACAUAGUGCCCAUAUGGAUUAAAAUGCCUGGAUUGGCAAUUAAAUAUUGGGGAGAAAAAAGUUUAUUCAAGAUAGCAAGUGAUGUGGGAAAGCCUGUGAAGGUAUAUGGUGCUACAAAGGCUAGAGAUAAGCUGAACUAUGCAAGGGUGAUGGUGGAGGUUCAGAUGAUGCAGGAAUUACCAGAUGUGAUAGCUUUUUGUAAUGAGCAUGGAACUGAGGUGAAACAGACAAUAGAAUAUGAGUGGAGACCUACAGUGUGUAGAAAGUGCUAUGGGAUUGGGCACAAAGAGGAAGAUUGCAGAAGAGGAGAAGGAAGGAAAGUGUGGGUGCCUAAACAGAAAAAGUCAGUGGACAAAGAUGGAUUCCAAUUAGUGGGUGAUAGGAGAGUAGAGAAGACCCCUGAGGUGGCUAUUGUACCUGUUCAUAAUCAUUUCAGUGCUUUGCUGGAAGCAGAAGAGGAGAAUCAGGAAGUUCAGGUGGGGAAAGAUAAGAUGCAAGAGGGUGGGAGUUGUCAAGGGCCUUGGGUAGUAUUAGGGGACUUUAAUGCUAUUUCAAGUGUGGAUGAUAGACUGGGAAGCAUUGUGAGACAAGCUGAAAUAGGCCCUAUGCUUGAAUGCAUGAGAAUAUGUGAAUUGCAGGAUAGUAAAGCUAGUGGCAGGUUUUACACGUGGACCAACAAGCAGGAAGGGGAGUCUAGAGUUUUCUCUAGGAUUGACAGGGUAUUGGUUAAUAGCCCAUGGGUGGAUAAAUUUGAUCUAGCUGAAGCCACUUUCCUACCUGAAGGCAAUUUUGACCACACACCUGUCCUAUUUGAUGAGCUUUCUAAUGUGGUGAAAACUGAAUGGAGUAAGGUGAUUCAUGGGUGUCCCAUGUUUAGAGUAGUGGAGAAAAUGAAGAAUAUAAAAGCUAGACUGCAAAGUUUGAAGAAAUCAGGUUUUGGGGACAUAGAAACAGAGGAAAUAGUAGCAAGAGCUGAGUUAGCUGAGGCCCAGAAUGAGCUCCACACUGAUCCUUGCAAUGAUAACCUAAAGAUCAAGGAGAAACUGGCAAGAGAAAAACAUUUAAAAGCAAAAAAGAAUGUUUACUCUAUGUUGCAUCAAAAGGCUAAGCUGAAGUGGUUAAAAUGUGGUGAUGAGAACACCAAAACUUUCUAUCAAUCUAUAAAAACAAGAAGAAUGCAGAAUAGGAUUCAUGCUGUUCAUACACAAGAUGGGGAAUGGGUUAACACAACAGAAGGUGUCAACAGAGCUUUUCUAGACUUUUAUCAAAGCUUAUUUGAUGAGAAACCACAACAAAAACCUGUUCUUAGCACCUUGAUGGCAAAGGGCAAGAUGUUAACUGAACAGCAUUUGAGAAUAUUACAAGCUCAAUACACAAGAGAGGAUGUCAAGAGGGUCAUUUUCAGUAUCCCUGAUGAGAAAUCCCCAGGGGCAGAUGGGUUUUAUAGUGGUUUCUUCAAAGCUAGCUGGGAUCUGAUUGGAGAGGAAGUCACUGAAGCCAUCCUUGAUUUUUUCAAAACAGGGAAAUUACUUAAGGAUCUAGUGCAGCAUUAUAGUAGGAAAUCUGCAAGAGCCUGCUGUAUGCUAAAAUUAGACCUGAAAAAAGCGUAUGAUACAGUCAAUUGGCAGUUCAUUAAGCAGGUGUUAGAAGGUGUGGGUUUCCCUAAUUGGUUUGUUCAGCAGAUAAUGACUUGUAUUACAACUCCAAAAUUUUCCAUUAUGGUAAAUGGAUCUCCUGUGGGUUUUUUUAGGGCUCAACGUGGAUUGAGACAAGGAGACCCAAUGUCUCCCUUACUGUUUGCUUUAGGAAUGGAUUAUCUGGAUAGAAUCUUGAAGUUUGUGGGGGAUCAAGAAGGAUUUCAAUUCCAUGUGAAAUGCAAAGAAAUGAAAAUUUCACAUCUAUGUUUUGUUGAUGACUUGUUACUCUUCUGUAAGGGAGAAUUUAGGUCAAUCUACACACUGCUGCAAGGGUUUGAGAUGUUUUCUCAUGCAUCUGGAUUGGAGGUUAAUAGAAAUAAGUCUGAAAUUUACUAUACAGGGAUGCAGCAAAAUGAAAUACAAAGGGUAACUGAUAUCAGUGGGUUUCAGAAGGGAAAACUGCCUUUCAGGUACCUAGGGGUGCCUAUUUCAACCAGAAAACUGAAAGCUAAAGAUUGUCAGGCCAUGAUUGAAAAGAUGACAAGUAGAAUAAGACUCUGGAGUACAAGACACUUGUCCUUUGCAGCUAGAAGUCAACUCAUUAACAGUGUGUUAAUGAGUAUGCAUGUUUAUUGGGUCCAGCUCUUUAUACUGCCUAAGAGUAUCUUAAAAGAGAUCAACAACAUCUGUAGGAACUUCCUAUGGACUGGAGAGCAUAACUAUGCAAAGGCUGGAGCAGUGAAGUGGGACAAGCUUUGUCAUACCAAAGCUACAGGGGGUCUGGGUUCAGGGAUACCUACUUGUGGAACCUGA